UGUGUCUGUAUGUGUGUGACAUGUCCCUCUGCUUUACUUUUUCAGGAGCUCCAUGUGAAACAGCUAAAGCCGACAUUGUGAUUUUAGUCGACGGGUCUAACUGUAUUCUCCCUUUAGGCUUUAGAUAUAUGAAAUUGUUUAUAUCUGAACUACUUCAAACCAUGCAUAUUGGCCCCAACAGUUUCCAGAUUGGUCUGACUCAGUUCAGUACCGAACCAAAGACUGAGUGGAAUUUGAACACACACAGAACCAAAGAGUCCCUGAUGAAGGCUAUUAAAAAAAUACGACAGAAUGGUGGAGAAACAAACACAGAAAAAGCUCUGAAACACAUUCUGCAUCACAGCUUUAAACCCACGGCGGGGAUGCGUCCUGACUCUAAAAAAGUGGCAAUUCUGAUCAUUUCUGGAGAAUCUCAAGCUGACAUUCGACUUCCUGCCAAAAACCUGAAAGACACUGGGAUAGAGAUACACGUUAUUGGUGUGGGCCAACAAGAUGAAUGGAGGAUCAUUGCUUCUGGAGGUGCUGGAACAUAUGUGUACACCACUUCAGAUUUUGGAUCUCUCCACAGCAUUAGAAACAACCUGAGCCACAGCCUGUGUCACAGAGCUCCCAGCAGAGGUAGGCAUCAUCUGCAUACACUUAGCAACAGGUGGAUAUUUGAAGCUCAACAUGGACUUUGAUUCUGGCUCAUUUUAGGAUUGAUAACUCUCUAAAGCAGUGGUCUUAAACUCCAGUCCUCAAAGGUUGGCAUCCUUCAGAUUCUAGAAGUAUCUCUGCUUCAGCAAACCGGGUUUCAAUAUUAGCUCGUUAGCAGAGCUCUGUAGAGCUUGACUGCAUGUUAAUGAGGCAGUUUGCUUUUUAAUUCAAACAUGUGAGACAAGGAACACAUGUAAAAGCUGCAGGAC